AUGAGGGCAGAGGGAAUGUCUCCCCUCCUGGCUCUGGGGCUCCUGGUGGCUGGGCUCUGCUCCAGUGUCCACUGCCUCCCAGGGGGUGGGCUUGACCCGGAGGAUGUGACCCCAGAGGACCAACACAAAGGGGCACCUAUGGACGACCACACUUUCGUCUCCAGCAACACCGACUUCACCUUCAGCCUCUACAAGCAGUUGGCUUUGAAGACCUCCAAUGAGAAUGUCAUCUUCUCCCCCCUGAGCGUCUCCAUGGCCUUGGCCUUCCUGUGCCUGGGGGCCCGCGGACCCACCCUGACGGAGCCCCUGGAAGGCUUCAAGUUCAACCUCACAGAGAGCCCUGAGACAGAAAUCCACCAGGGCUUCCAGCACCUCCUGCAGACGCUCGGCCGACCCAGCGACCAGUUGCAGCUGAGCGUGGGCAACGCCAUGUUCGUCCAGGAGCAGCUGAAGCUUCUGGACAAGUUCAGGGAAGAUGCCUGGGCGCUGUGUGCCUCCGAGGCCUUCUCCACCGACUUCCGGGAUUCCGACACUGCCAAGAAGCUCAUCAAUGACUACGUGAAGAAUAAAACGCAGGGGAAAAUUGUGGAGCUGUUCAAAAAUGUUUCCCAGAGCACAGUGAUGGUCCUGGUGAAUUACGUCUACUUUAAAGCCCAGUGGAAGAAGCCCUUUGAUCCCAGCCAUACUUAUAAGUCAGAGUUCCACGUGAGUGAGAACAGGACAGUGGAGGUGCCCAUGAUGACCACUGGGGGCCUGGAAACGCCUUACUUCCGGGACGAAGAGCCCUGCACCACGCUGGAGCUCAGGUACACCAGCGACGACAGCGCGCCCUUCAUCCUCCCUGACGAGGGCAAAAUGCACGACCUGGAGGCCAAGCUGCUCCCAGAGACGCUGAGGAGGUAGAGAGACUCCCUGCAGCCCAGACGGAUAGAUGAACUCAACUUGCCAAAGUUUUCCAUCUCCAGCGACUAUAAGCUGAGAAACAUACUUUCCCAGCUGGGUAUUAAGAAAGUCUUCAACCACGAGUCUGACCCGUCAGGAAUCACAGAGGUCAACAAGCUGGGGGAGGCCCAUGGGGUCCACCAGGCCAUGCUUGAUGUGGGCGAACAAGGCAUGGAAGGAGCUGUUGCCACUGGAAUCAAGAUGAUGACUUCAACCUUACAAGCAUUCAUUGCUAGUUUUGGCAGGCCCUUUCUGAGUUCCGUAAUUCACAAAGAUACUCAGAGCAUCAUCUUUUUGGGCAAAGUCACCAACCCCAGUCAAGCCUGGGCCUCCCCUCUGAGUGGCAGGUCCCCUCGCUAA